GCGCACACCUACGUCCGCGUUGCCGUGCUGCUCUCGUGCUUGCUUGCGCUCCUCGAACCUCCCCAAACUAACCCACAUCUUACGAUCCGCUGCUUCAUCGGUAUCAAGGGACCACUUCGCAACAUGCCUAUCUCCGAUUUUAGAAAGAAGAAGCUCUUGUACGUCUUCAAUGUAUUUUUUGACGUGAACCAAAGUGGAACAAUCGACAGGAAAGACUUUGAACUUGCGAUAGAGAAAAUCUGUUCCUUGAGGGGCUGGGCUUCUGGAAGCGACCAAUAUAAGAAGACUUUCGACAGCAUGAUUAAAAUCUGGGAGGGCUUGAAACAGAGGGCAGACGCCAACAAAGACGGCCAGGUUAGCGUCGAGGAGUGGGCAUCGAUGUGGGAUGAAUACUCGAAGAACCCCGAAAACGCCCUAGAAUGGCAAACGCUGUACUUGCGGUUCAUGUUUGACCUGGAAGAUGCCAGCGGUGACGGCAGCAUUGAUGUCAACGAAUUUACCAGCGUGUGUUCCUGUUACGGACUCGAGGCAUCCGAAUGCAAGGAGGCUUUCCAGAAGAUGGCUCAAGGAAAAGCAGAAGUUAACUACGAUCAGUUCGUUGCUCUUUGGAAGCAAUUUUUCACUUCGGAAAAUCCCUCCGACCCAGGCAACUACAUUUUCGGAAAAACUAAAUUUUAAAUAGUAUCUACAUGUAGAGGCAACCAACCUAAACCAA